AUGUCCUCCCAGGAUAGGGUUCGCCCCGUUGCUAUCGCGAUUGGUGUCGAUAUUGGGGUGUCAACGAGUGGAAUCUCAUACUGCCUCGUGGGCCCCUCCGGCGGGCUCUUCGGACCGCCAGCCUCGGUGCUCCUCUGCAACGAGCGAGCACCUUUACAACCAUCAGUCCUGGGGAAGAUCAGUGGACCCGAGAACUGGGGCACGGCCGUCGAAUCCGAGGCGGACAAGCUGACGCUGCUCAAGCUUGCACUCCUUGAGGACGAACUGCAAGAUGAUGCACAGCACCCGGACCACCUCAGGGCUGUCCAAGAAGAGCUUUCCAAGAUCACCGACGCUGGUUAUAAUGGGGUCACGGUUCUCACAGAGUACAUGAAGAGAAUGUGGGCGGUCGCCAAGGACCAGCUGCUGAGGAACAUAGAAGACGAUUGCGCCAAUAUGGUCCCCGGCUCUCUAAAGAUAGGCUUCGUGUUCGGCAUUCCGGCUGUUUGGGAGGAGCAAACCGCCGGGCGGAUGGAGCAGGCCAUCGCCAGGUCUGGCAUGACCGGCGGUGCUUACUUCACGGACCUGGUUUUUGAGCCCGAGGCCGCUGCCUUGGCCGUCCUCCCUUACUUUGUCCAGAAGCAUUUGUUGCAGAAGGAUGAAACCGUUGUGAUUGCUGACCUUGGUGGAGGCACCAUGGACUUUAUCUCCUACACGGUCUCCUCCGAUACGCCACUCGAGGUCAAUGAGUGCGUUUCAGGCAAAGGCCGACUCCUUGGUGACAUGUUCAUGAAAAGCGCUUUGCAAUCCCUGAUCAAGGCGGAGGCUGAAGCGCGGCUCGGCGUCGACAUUGCGAACUUCAACCAGCACAGGUUCCAAGCUCAAGUGGACAAGGUAUGGACCAACGCGACUCUCUUGCAAGGCGGGGCCUUGGACUUGGCCGACUGGUCGAUCGAGGUCCUAGCCGAGCGACAAGAUGGCGCCGUGAUGGCUUCUUUCCACGUCCACGGCAUUGACAUCGUGGAGACUUUCCGGUCCAUCACCAACGGCAUUGUAGAGCUCGCACAGAGCCAAGUGGCCAACCUCAUGGUCGUUGUCGGUGGGUUUGGCCGCAACAAAUUCCUCCAGGUCGAACUGCGAAAUCACUUUGGCAACGACUUCGUCUUCUUUACAGAGGGGGGAGGACAACUCGCGGUGAAGCAUGGCGCAGCCCUGCACGGAGUCACAAAGUUUGCGAGGGAAAUUGCUGCCAGCCAGACUGUUGCCAGCCAAAGUGUCGCAAGCCAGGGGACUGCUUCAGGUGAAGAGCCCACUCGCGUCACCUCCCGCAUUGCACGACAAAGCUACGGCGCUUGGAUGGGCACCGGGCCGAAGGACCUUGUGCAAUGGUUCAUCAACAAGUUCAGUAUGACGAUAUGGAGGCCGACUCUCGCCCCCCCUAUCGUUCUGCCGAGGGCCGCUUUCCAGGCAAAGAUCGACCGUGACCUACCCUGUGUUCCGAUACUCAAGUGCGGGCGUAAAACGAAGCGUAUCCAGAGCAUCGACGGCAUGAAGACCAGGAACCCCUGCCAGAUCAGAUGCAAGCGCCCCGAUCUUCUCUACCAAAUCGAGGAGUUGCAGCUCAAGCCGCGCUUGAAUGCACGCCAGCAAGUCGAAUUCGAUGUGCCGCAGGAUUUGACGGCCAUCUUUGAGGUGGAAAGGUUGGGGUAGCCGUCAGUCGUCUGUUGCAGUUCACUUCCCAGUUCGGAUGUCGUGACAAAAGAGGGAGCUCGUCUUGAUGGGAGAGUGUCAGGAAACUGGGAACAUGGCUGCAGCCAGGUGCAUAAAUUCCCCUCCAGCCCCCAUUCAUUGCUCUUUGUUCUAGUCUUCUGUUCUGUCUUGUUCCUUUGGACUCGAGCAUGCCUGACGGUUGUAAUAUACCGUCAUGCACAUCCGGUGGGCAAAAGAGUUACUCCUUCACUGAAUCAUGACUUGUUAUGCGCGAUUCAAUCUCUUACAAUUAAUUUACCGUUCUUACCUGCUAUGUGACAAAGAUAGAGUCAACC